GCUCUGAAUCUUCACUACGCUGCUAACGGCCUAGUGAGAAACUCCCGACCAGACAAUGCUGCCAUAUAUCGUCCUUGCUUGUAUCGCUCUUGGCGUUCAGGCCGAUUACGAUAAGAAAUACCCUGCCAGGCCUUACUAUACCACCUAUGGACAAAACUUUGGAGUGCCUCAGUAUUAUUAUGGGGGACCUGGAGUUAAUUAUUAUGGUAGCGGACAGUUAGGCAAUGUUUUCGGCGGAUUACCUGGAGCUUCUCUGUUCGGAUCUGGAAAUUUCCUAGGCUCUAGAAGAUCUUUCUUCGGUGGAAAUCGCGGUGCAGCCGCUUCUGCUAGCGCCAGUUCUGUACGAGGAGGAGCUGCCGCUGCUUCCUCUGCUGCUGUGUCAAGAGGGUCUGCGUUCAACCCGUACACAUACUACAAUGAAUACUCUUACUCUGGUCCCGGCAGUUAUUAUCAGCCAGGCUUCCAACCUUUCGGCUAUCAGCCGUUAAGCUAUGGGUUGCCAGGUGGCGCUGCUGCAGCUACAGCGGCGGCAUCCUCUGAUGACGGUAGUGCGGCUGCUUCCGCUUCCGCUUCAGCUGUAGGAAACCGUGGUGUAUUUGGUCCCUAUUCAUCUGGUGUCCCACUGGGCGGAGCAGUUGGAUCCGUCCCUUCAGUUGUUCAAUUAGGAGGAUUAAGUGGACCAUUAGGUGGAGUUGUUCCAUAUGGUGGAGUGAGAGGAUCAUACGGCAGAUUUGAUGGAGUGAGUCUGCCAUUCGGAGGAAGUCUUCCACUUGGUGGAGUCAGCGGACCAAUCUUCGGAGGUGUUCGAGGCAGAGGAAAGAAGAAUUUAGAUAACUCUUUAGAUCACAGUCUAACACUGUAUUCAGUAGCUGUUAGAGAAGCACUAGAUUUCAAGAUGCUGAAAUUCGCCGCCCUAGCAUGCCUGGUUCUCUGCACUGUUGCAGACAGUGAUUAUGAGUAUUCCACCUCUAGUGAUGGUGACUACUAUCCAAAGUGGGGCGGUGGAAAUUGGGAUUUCGGCGGUAGUUCUGGGAUCUCUGUAGGAGGGGGAGUUGGUGGAGGGAUCAGUGGAGUCUCCGUGGGAAGUGGAGUGGGAGGUGGUCUUGGAGUGGGAGGAGGUUUUGGAGGAUUAUCAGUCGUGGGUGGAAAUGGCCCUCUUAUCUAUGGAGGCCUUAAUUCAGGAUUCUUCGGAAUUGGAGGUGGAUCAGCCGCCGCAAGCGCCGCUGCCGCUGCUGCUGCUGCUGGACGAAAUGCCGCCGCUGCCAGUGCUGCUGCCUCCUCUGGACUUGGAUUUCCAUUCUUCCUGAGCACAUUCCCAUUCAGGCAAUCUUUCUACAAUGUAAGAUACUUCCCUUCAUUCCAAUACCGCCACAGCUUCCCUUCGCUCUACCAGGUCAGCCAUCCAUCUUAUUACCAAGCCAGUUUCCCUUAUUAUGGACUCGGAGGUGGUUCCUCUGCCGCUUCUGCCUCAGCUGGUGCCUUCUCUGGACUGGGAAGUUUUUAUGAUGGAAUCAACCUUGGAUCUGGAUAUCCCAAAAAGGUUUACUAAACAAGAAGAGGACUUUGAUUGUUAUCUGGAUUUGUGGUUGAUUUUCGUUAAUAAAUAUUUGCCCAUAAAAUA